AUGUUCAACUUCAGUGGCCAACUUCUAGCGGGGCAACAUGAUACGCAACAAGCUCGGCCUCCUCCAGCGAAACCAAUACCUGCGACCUUCCCGGUGCUUGAUCCACCUAAGCCGUUGACAGGGACCCCGCCAGAAACCUGGUGCAGAGAAAAUGUGACCGGGAUCACCAAACAUUUCCUGAGUCUGAAGAAGCCAUCCGACGUCACAAAGGAAACUCUGGCACAGCUCAAUGUCACGUUCCAACUUGACUGUGACUUCGAAACCAUACUGUCGUCGCUGUCAAACGAUGCGGUGAGGCACAUACCGCCUGCCUCUUGGUUGGAUGCCCCAGACCAGCAAGAACCCUCUAAUCUGGGCUCUAUCGUCACGCUUCUCAGUAAUGGUAGAAGAGUUCCAGACCGCAAAGAGUUCUUUGUCCGCGCCCGAGAGUUGCUUUUCAAGAAUGAGGAUGCAUUCUCGACGCUUACACGAAAGAGCACUGGGGGCCAAGUACCGCUGCGACUUGCGUACUUUCGCAAGUUCUGGGAAGGCCUAGAUAAUAUGGCAUACUAUUGGGAUGACUCACUGGACGAAUACCAUCCCCCCGAAUCAGAAGCUGCAGACACAACUGCCGGGACAGAUGGCUCUCCCAAACAAGUUGCAGGGGCCAGCGGUCAAGAAACACGCACAGAAAUAAAGACAGACUGGAUCGCAAAGAUGGGGAGUGGGGUUGGCUCUCCAGAUGAGAGUGAGCCUCGAAAGAAAGCAAAGACGGAGGCGGUGAGUGAUCAAACAAUGGCUCGUUCUGUGCAAACCAACGGCUUUGGUGGAUCGAAUGCUGCCCAGACAGUUUCGAUCACCCCGAGCAGGGUACUCCCAUCCAGAAUUGCCCCUCCCAGGUUUCCAACCCCAAAAAACAUGGAACCUCAAGUGAAGCCAGCUGAUAUGUCCGACGGUUCCUACCGAGGCUACCGUAUUGGUAAUGGCUCAGAGAUGCCCGAUCAGUAUCGUGUUGACUGUGUCCGGGCUUUUGUCGAGCCCAUUGCUUGGGCAUUUGGUGUCACACUCGCACAGCAUCGAAGGCCCCCUGUUCUGCUGUUUGAGCACGUGCGUUUCCCUGUGCGUAUGAGCUCUGUGGCAUGGCGAGGACCCCAGGAUCGGAUGAAGGCCCGGCAGGGCUGGAUGGAAGGGCCUGUGUUAGGGAUCCAGUGUCGACCAGAUGUCAACUUUGGAGCCUCCAGCAACAUUGACGCAGCAUCCAACUUAGACGCAAUCCGUGAGCUUGGUGGUCUGUUACUGUUGGCUCAAGAACGCUCGAGGGAAGGCAAGGUUGAAAAGCUUGCUGGUGAAGGCAAGUGGUGGACUACGAAGGAACGCUGGGGGGGCGGCCCUGGGGACGAAAUUGAUAACGUUACAACACCCAGUGUGAUAUCAGGCAUCGGAGCUGCACCCAAUGCUCAGGAAAAGUCUGUUCACAGGAACGUAGACGGCUCAAGAGUGCGGAGACGGCCGACACCUGCGCAGGUUUGGAAGGUUGUCAAACCUGGGAACCCUCUUUGGGAUCCCAAAGUCGUAUUUGAGGCAAUCGGUAGAGACGAGAGCAAAGAAUGGGACGAUGUCUUCAUGGUUUCGUCAUUGAACCACCACAUUAGCCUCUUGAAGCUGCACGUACAUUCAGCGUACCUGGACUAUAUUACGCACGGAACACUUCCCGAAAGUCGGCCCUCAGACCCCGAUUGGUGCUCGCCCAAGCUUGAAAGGACACGAUGGUUCGAUCUGUUCAACGUGGAUGACCGUACUGAAGCUAUGAGGGGCCUCUGGGGAGUCAUGUCUUAUCUACUACGAGCUAAGGAUGGAAGCCAAGAAGACAUUGUGAUGGGGAGUUCAUGA